ACCAAAUCUUGCGAGAACUGAAAUCUAGGAAAACCUGGCAAGAGAUUUUUACGAGAAAGGUUUUGUGUCAGAAAAAUGAUGCGAUCCUAAGGUCUUCAAGAACUGCAGCUCACUGUAUGCACAUCUGGUAAAUGCCUUUCUCGCACCCUACGCUCGGCUCUGCCCGGCAUAUUCCUCUGCGGCAUCUUAGAGGACUGUGCGAUCCCAGAAGAGCCACCACAUGUCGACCCGGUCCGCGGAGGAGGAGACGGCGCGGCCAUUGGUGGAUCGCUCGGCUCGGGGACCGAGUCUAAAUUUGGAUGCUGCCGGCGGCGAUUGGCGGACGGAAAUGGGGAGAUGGUGCGCCCAAGAGCUCGAGAGGCAGAGGCACGGAGCGGCUGGCCCGAAGCGAAGCGGCACGGACCUCUCAUUCGGCGGACCAGCGCUUUACGGAACGGAUGUGUGCGUGAUCAGAGAUCGGAUCGGAUCAGAGCAGAUCAGAUCAGUGCGGUGGACGCGGUGCUUACGGAUGAUCAGUUCGCACUUGGCCGGAAGAAGGUGGCAAUUGAGACAACUCAACGCUUUCUGCCAGGCGCAAUAGAGAGAAAACAAAUAAAGAAGUUCAAGUCAAUCAAUCAGCCGAAACCGAAAAAACAGACGGGCGAAUUUUCGCCAGUCAACGCGAUCGGGCCAUAAAAACAUUCGAGCCAAGAAGAGGAAUUGAUUUUCCUCUUUCGAUUCCACCUCGGUCCCGAUCUCCAUUCUGAUUCUGAUUGACAACCGCGAAAGGUUGCGGUGGCUUCUCACACCCCUUCGCCGAGGAUAGAGCUUUUUUUUGCAGUGCACAGUGAGUGAGUGAGUGAGACUGUGUGGGUGCAAUAAUCAAAUUUGACAACUGCGCGAAGAACGUUUGAGAUCAAAACAGCGCGGCGAAAACAAAUCAAACCGGAAUAAAUGGGCCAAGACCUCAGUGCGAUUUCCUUUUCUUUGCUGUGAGCCCCAGAGACACACACCCCACACACACACCCAGCCCAUCCGACUCGCGAUGACGCACCUGAUGGGGCCCACGGAGUGCGCCAGCGCCAUGAUGACCACCUCGAUGCAGUUCCUGGACACCGGCCUGCCGGACUACAACUGCUACGCCAACGACUACUGGACCUCGCCCUACAUGACCGGCGGCCUGAGUCCCAUGAAGCAGAUCGAAGCCUGCAUCCAAACUGCUGGCAAGGAUCGUUCGUACAAGCCGCUGGAGCAGAUCGACGCCAAGUUUGCCGACAUCGAGACGCACAGUACGGGCAGCACUGGCACCGCGAACAGCAGCAGCAGCAGCCUCUCCAGCGGCAACCCCGUCUCCAAUCCCAGCUGCCAGGAGCAGUCCUCGUCCCUCCUGCCAAGCGACUACCCCGGCGGCAACAGUGAAGCCUCGGCGGCAGCAACAGCCGCCGGCACGGCAGCCACGUCGGCGGCAGCGGGCGGAGGCAGUGCAUCCGCGGGAUCCAAGAAGUUCAAGGGCCAACACAAAAAAGACAACAGUGCGGACAACAAUUCGGCGAAAGCCAACAGUAGUAACAUCAGCAAAGGGGAGUCGGAGCCAGUGCAUCCAUCGCUCGCCCAGGCCAUCGUGGUGCUGGAGACGAAGGCGCUGUGGGACCAGUUCCACGCCCAGGGCACCGAGAUGAUCAUCACCAAGACGGGCCGUCGGAUGUUUCCCACCUUCCAGGUGAGGAUCGGCGGCCUUGAUCCCCACGCCACCUACAUCUGCAUGCUGGACUUCGUGCCCGUGGAUGACAAGCGCUAUCGCUACGCCUUCCACAACUCCUGCUGGGUGGUGGCUGGCAAGGCGGAUCCCAUCUCCCCGCCCAGGAUCCACGUGCAUCCCGACUCACCUGCCGCCGGCUCCAACUGGAUGAAGCAGAUCGUGUCCUUCGACAAGCUGAAGCUCACCAACAACCAGCUGGACGAAAAUGGUCAUAUCAUUCUGAACUCAAUGCAUCGCUAUCAACCUCGAUUCCACUUGGUGUACCUGCCACCGAAGAACGCGUCCUUGGAUGAGAGCGACCACUCGCGUCACUUCCGCACCUUCAUCUUUCCAGAGACGAGCUUUACGGCCGUAACUGCCUACCAGAAUCAGCGGGUGACACAGCUGAAGAUCUCCAGCAAUCCCUUCGCCAAAGGCUUUCGGGACGAUGGCACCAAUGAUGUAACCUCUGGCGGUGGCAGCAUGUCGUCCAUGAGCCACGAGAGUCAGGCUCGCAUGAAGCAACAGCAGCAGCAGCAGCAACAGCAACUGCAGCAGCAACAGCAGCAGCAGCAGCAACAACUCAAGGAGCGCGCGGCGGCCACAAGCAACUUCGGCCUGAGUUGCACCGACCUGGGCGUGGAGCAGCAGCAGCAGCCACAGGGAGUCCUGCAGCUGCCGGCCACGCCCUCCAGCAGCUCCACCUCCGGCAACUCCCCCGACCUGCUGGGCUACCAGAUGGAGCAGCAACUGCAGCAACAGCAGCACCAGCAGCAGCAGCAGCACCAGCCCCAGCAGACACAUCUCCACCAGCAACAUCAGGCGGGCCAGCAGCAGGCGCUGCUGCAACAGAGCCAGAACCAGACCCAGUACGGAAGCUAUCACCAUGCCUAUCAGCCGCAGCCCCAGCCGCAUCCGCUCACGCCCCACUCCACCAGUUCCGCAUCCCCGCCAGCCACUGCCGCGGGAGCCACUGCAUCGGCAUCGGCAGCCGGAGCAGGAGCAGCUUCGGCCGGCACGGGAGCAACCCAGGUGAUGGCCGCCGCCAAUAUCUACUCGAGCAUCGGGCAACCCUAUGCCCAGGAGCAGAGCAACUUCGGCGCCAUUUACCACCACAAUGCGGCUGCUGCCGCCGCCGCCCACUACCACCAUGGCCACGCCCAUGCCCACGGGCACGCCCACAGCCACGCCCACGGCCCCUACGCCAGCGCCUACGACAAGCUGAAGGUGUCGCGGCACGCGGCCGCCGCCGCCUACGGCAUGGGAGCCACCUACCCGAGCUUCUACGGCUCGGCGGCCCACCACCAGAUGAUGCGGCCCAACAGCUACAUAGACCUGGUGCCGCGCUAGAGAGGAUCUGGGCAGAAGCCACCCGAUGGUCAAGAAUGUGUGCGCCUAGGAUCGGGUUCAUGGGUCCCCUGGCGACAUCAACUUAAAUAUUCUAGGAAAUAACCCUAAACUUGCCUGUAAAAAUUAUUUAAUACUCUAAAUUAAGAUUACUUCGUCAAUAUCUAGGAGCACAAAAUAUUCCUGCCAAAACUCUGUGAAGCCAGAAUAUAUUUCUAAAGUCAAGAAUUUUCGUUGUAUUAUUAGAAGUUUUUUAAAAUUCUAAAUAUUUUUGAAAAGUUAUAACUGAAGACAAACACAUAUUUUUUUAAUAAAUUAGGAAUACUUAUUGAAUCUGAAGUAAAUAAUACAACAGCCGAAACUAAAAAAUAAAUACUUUAAAUAUUAAAAUUUAAUUCGCUCAAAAAUACAGAAUGCCAAAAAUUUUGCUUAAUGUUAAAGUAUGGAAUGCUCUUAGAAAGAAUGUAGCUAACAGUCUUCAACUUUAAAUUCAGAUCAGAGGAUAUACACUUUAAGCAUUGAACCCUCCUUUAAGAGAUUUCAUUCUUGAUUUUAGAACUUCAAUUAUUUGGUCGGUGCAGGAAUCAAGUAUUAGCAGCCAAAUAUAAAAGCAACAAGUAUUACAAGUAUUUCUACAAAAAUAUUACCAAAAUAAAUAGUGUUUUUUUUUGUAGUGUAGUUCUUAACAUUAUCGAUUCAUGUGCAACAAAAUCAUAUUUGAUGUUAUGUGUAGUGUAAUUUUAAUAUGCUUUUUUUUCUUAACAUUUUAGUUACUUUGUUUUUUCUAUGUAAAUACAAAAUACGCAUAUCUCGCUAUAUAUAAAAACUGAAACAGUUUAAAUGAAUAAAACAAAGAAAAUUAAAAGUAAACUUAAAACCAAAAACGUAAA